UAAAUUCGCUGUUAGGCCUACAAGCACCAAAGGAUGAAUUGUUUAUGAUAUUUUAUGUCGACAGAAACUGAAUAGCAGGUAAUUAUUACGAUUACAUUAUAUAAAGGCAUUAGCCCUUCGUCUCGAACGAAACUAGUCUAAUGCCGCUGACAAAAUUCCACGAAUAUCACGGGAAAAACAUCUGGCUAAAAGAAGAAGGGAUGGUGGCUAGGAGAUCGCAGAGUUUUGCACACGCUUUAACGUUUAGCAGCCAACCAUUAAGGAAUCGGGAGAUAUUCUUAUUAGAAAUUGAAGAAAAUGAAAGGGGUUGGAGUGGUCAUCUCCGAAUAGGGCUUACACAAUUAGAUCCGUCUUCAAAAUUCACUCUACCUCAGUAUGCUCUACCUGAUUUAGCCAAUAUGGGUCGAACGUGGACCAUGGCAGUCACUAAAACUAAAACAGGCAUUGCAGUCCCCGAAGAUGAUGACACAAUAGCAGUAGACAUUGAUCUCCCCCCUCCAGCUCGGUUGCUAUCGCCCGAUGGAGAAUAUAUUACAACUAGCCAAGGUCGAUUGAGAAAGAAUGUUCUUCAGUCAACCCGAAAAGGAAAGCAAGAUGAGUUACUACCUACAGACGUUGGUAGUAGGAUAGGCGUUCUCUUCUCAGAGAACGGCAAUAACAGAGCCGACAUGCAUUUCAUAAUAAAUGGUGAAGAUGGUGGAUGUUAUGCUCGAAAUAUUCCCUAUAAGAAUGCCCCAAUUUACGCCGUUGUAGACGUAUAUGGAACAACAAAGCAAGUCAGAAUAGUUCAAUUGAAUAUAGUUGCUAAUUUACAAGAUUUGUGUAAAGAUACAAUUCUUCGCCAUACUAUAAAGAAAAAUGUUGAAUUCUUACCACUUCCUCUGCCUAUGAAAGCCUUUUUACGCGACGAGUGUUGA